AAAACCCCCGAUUUCCGGCUCUCCAAGGAGCGCGAGAUCCAUCUCAACAACGCCGUCAGGGAGGAGAUGCGCAUGUGGGCGAGGAAAGUAGAAAACGGGCCUCGCCGUCGCUUUUUCUCACUCCGUGAAUUCUCCUCUGGCGCUCCUGGACAAAAUGAAGCGCCCCGCCGGCGCCAGAGCGCCCCGGCCGUAGAUGGAAGCGGCGUGGAGCCAAAGCGCCGGGCUUCGCUUCUUCAGAAACUGAGGGCUAAGAUGAGCACGAGGCGCAGCGUCAUUGAGCCAAUUCACGAGGAAGAAGAGAUGCAGGAGACGCAUCCUCGAGUCCCGAGGAGAUCCAUCGAAUCUGCA